UGACAAUCUUCUCCGCAGCAACUGAUUCGCGCUGCAAUUGCUGAUCAAGUAGAAGCAACCCGCAGCGGACUUGAAUUUCUCCAGGUCGGCGCAAACAAGAACGCGCUUGAAGUUCUGUGCCAAGAGAAGGAUGAAAAGUACCAACGGGCUCUUGCCGAGUUCGAAGAAGCUGAUCAAGUAUUCAUUGCGACAAAGGCCGACGCGAAGAGUAAACGGGACAUUAGUCUGGAGCUUGUCAGGGGCAUGGACGAAGAAUUCCAAGAACAAUUUGCCAAGAUGGAGAUGGAUGGUUCGGUUCACGACCGGAGCGUGAAUGACCUGCGGAAGGCACUCGAGGUUCAACGCGCCAAUCUCGAUAUGAUCUCGCAGACGAACCCAGGCGUUGUUGAGCAGUAUGAGCGGCGAAAGAAUGAGAUCGAAGCUCUCACAAAAAUUCUGGAAGACCGGGAGAAGGAUACUCGCAGAGUGGAACGAGAAAUCAAGAAUGCCAGAGAUCGAUGGCAACCUGCUCUCGAACAACUUGUCGCUAGCAUUGGGAAGAAAUUCUCUGCUGCAUUUGAUCGCAUUGGUUGUGCAGGUGAAAUCCGGAUCAGCCCCCAUGACGAUUAUGACAAGUGGGCGAUCGACAUCCUCGUCAAAUUCCGUGAUAACGAGAAGUUACAACUUCUGACAGGACAGAGGCAGUCUGGCGGCGAACGGUCACUCACCACUAUCUUAUACCUCAUGAGUUUGACUGAAGAGGCCCGAACGCCGUUUUCUCUUGUUGACGAGAUUAACCAGGGCAUGGAUCAACGCGCCGAGCGCGCGGUGCACAAUUCCUUGGUUGAGGUCACAUGCAAGCCUGACAGCGCCCAAUACUUCUUGAUCACCCCUAAGCUACUUCCUGAUCUCGAUUAUCACGAACGCAUGAAAGUUCUUUGCGUCAACAAUGGAGAGUGGCUUCCCGAGACUCCAGGACUGGGUCAUAUGAAUCGCAUGAUCGAGAAUUUUGUACAACUGAACCGUGACCGUGUCUCCCGAGACCGUUCCUUCCGAGCUGGUUGAUCAAGAUGUUUUGCUCACAUUUUUGUUACAAUACUGUAUCAACGUCAUCAUCGCACUAACCUGCAGUAUACAAUUGUAUCAGUUACCAGUGCCUUCGCCCAUAAUAUACU